CUAGUUUGAUUCCUGGCUCUUCAUUUUUUUUUUUCAGUCUUUCCCUAAGUGUUUGGAGCACAUGCUUCCCCUCCCCUUAUGCCUAUAAAAGUACACCACUGAAGCAGUGUUCAUUCAUAUUUCAACUCCUUAAAUUUCUUCUUCUUUCCUUUCUCAUCCCCCAUUUGAACCUUUGAGUUUAUCAAUGGCACAUUUGGCUCGCACUACUUGCUUUCUUUUUGUACUACUGUUCCUAUCAUGGGAACUGCUUUGCAUAGAAGGAAGGAGUUUGAAAGCAACCAGAACCACCAAGUCACCAAAAUCUGUCUCCUCCGUCAAGGCAAUGAGCACUGCCAUUAACACCACAAAAGGUGUUGUUGCAAAGCCAAGCCAGUUAGAGAGUAUCGCUAAGAGUUUGAAUGGAUAUGUUGAAGCUUUUCGACCCACCACUCCCGGCCAUAGCCCUGGUGUUGGUCAUUCUAUUAACAACUAACGAAUAAGUAACAUGCAAAUGCAACUCUUAUGUAUGGUGCAAUCCUUAUAAUGUUAGUUUGAUUAGGUUCUUAUAUUAUGUGGUCGCAGCAAUCCAUAUACCUUCUACGUUUGAUUAGGUUCUUAUAUUAUGCAUGUUUGUAUUAAUGCAGUUUGGAAUAAGUGGAGAUGAACAAAAUUGAUAUUCUUACGUGUUCUGAAAAGUCAUGUUUGUCUACCUGUUUUUCACUUUGAGCAAAUAAAUUUCAUGUUACUACG